CGCGCCGAUCUAAACGCGCGCUGUUUUUAUGUCGCCAUAACAACGCCAAAUGCGAAUUGUUUGUAUAACUUAAUAUUUACUGACUUACAACGUGAUAGCCGACUGAAGCAUGGGCAGGAGCCGACCAGGUCAUACGCAUAAGAGGCCGGCUCAUACCGCCUCAUCCUCAAUGCGAACAAAAUACCAACGUGUGGUGAUGGCAAAUCAACAAAAGAAAGGCUUUCUAUGUGAAGAUAGGAUAUUCUCUUCACCCGUCUGCCAGAAUGAACAUCCAGGCCCAGACAGCUUUGGAUUAAUUUCCAGCACUGUAGUUGAAAGUCCUUGCUUUGCAACGGAAGGCAACCAAACUUCCCAGGCUUUCAGUAACCCGCGGAGAGGCCUCCCAGUACCAUAUGCACACAACCUGCCAAGCACCUUUGUGAACAAAAAUCACUUCAGUUUUAGAACCUCCAGUGUGUUCAGGUUGCCUGUGGCUGUGCGGUUGGAUGGUCCAAAACAUUCACCUCCAGCCCCGGAUCUAUAUGAUGUAGGUUAUGGAAGAAGAGACCGCUGGUCUUCAGUGGAUGGUGCAUCACCUUUCCUGUCCAAAGCCGGACACAACUCUUUUUUCCAGAUCGAAGAUAGGCCAUCGCCAUGCCACUAUGAAGUGAGCGACCACUUAAUCCAGAACGCCUACAAGGCCAUCGUGUCCCCCUUCAAAUCCAAAAGUCAGAGAAUCCCUCCUCCCAUCGACAGCCGUCUACCAGGCGCAGGAGCCUACAGUCCCUAUCAGACACCUCUGCCGGGGAAAAGGGCCGUCCUGCUGGAGGGAUUCUAUUUGGCGAUAGCAGCGCCUGCUAUGGUAGUUGACCCUCCCUCGCCAGGCCUCGGGCGUUACAUCCGGGAUUGUAAUGGCCUGGCUGAGCGUCCCAUGUCCACAGCUGUAUUUGCGUCCAGAACUGAAAGGAUAUCACAACGCUUAUUGGCCUACACAAGGCCAGGUCCAGGUUUCUAUGAGCCAAAGCAGUCCUUCUGCCGCAAUGACUCUACCGUCUGGCUUCCAGUAUGAAGCUUUCAGGGAAAUGUCACAUGUUUACAUACACAGACUAUUAAAGAAAUGCUGCCUCACAAAGGUAUGUGCCUGCAUGAUUACAUUUUCAGGUGUUCAUGUAUUUUUUGACUGGGUAAAGUAAAUGACAACCAUUUAGUCUCUAUGUCAAUGUUAAAUUGAAGGCCGAUGAGAUGUAUAACAUAUUUCAUCAUAAGAUGGUGAAAUAAGGGAAUUUAAAUAUUUUAAAAGGCCAUAUGUUUUAUCCUCACCUCGAUAUCCUGAUGCUCCAAUCGGUAAAUGACAUAGAAGGAGGUGCAGUAGGUUGCCGCGGUAACCGGCAGCUGCUGGUCCAGUCACUGGUGCGCUAUGGUAACAGCUGAGAGCCUGAGAUGACAACACGGUGCCAACUGCUAGAGGGCAGGCAGAGGGGUGCAGUGCGACUGUAUGUGAGCAAUGUGACUGACUGGGCGUGAGGCGGGAGGGUGGUGUUUAACCCCAAAAGACAAAUGGAACCGUCAUUCAUCGGCCUUUAUCAGACGCUAUAUUGUUGGAACAACACUUUUCUGAACUCAUGAUUAGUUAGUUGUAGCUGAUGUUCGGCUGUCGGUCCCAAACUUACUGUUUUUGAUUUAUUUUCACAGCACCAAAGGCGUCAUUGGUGCUUAAAACCCUGCUGCACACUAACUGCUCAGCAGCAAACAGCACAGAGACACAGUUAGAGACUGGCAGAUUACAUUUUUUAAAGUUAAUUUAAGUUAAUUAUGGUAAAGAAACUGGAAAGAAACUACUGUUAUUGCAGGUGUAAACAGCAGCCUGCUUGCUAAGAUUGUCUUAGACAUGAAACAUAUACUGAUAUCCAUAAGCCCACCAUUAAAGGUUACUCGUUAACAUGCAAUAACCUUUUUUCUGUUAACUGUAUAAAAAACGGAGUGUUAAAAGGACAAAAAUGUUUGCAAAAUGUCUAUUUGUUUCGUCACCAGCCACAGUAACUAACUAACAAAUAACAACUUGUAAGAUUAGUCACAUUUGCAGAAGAUGGAAACUGUCUUGGCCCCUUAGGCUCAACAUUUGGUGAACAAACAGGAGGCCCAUGUUAAUUCAUCUCACUUACACCUCUAAUUUCAGAUUUAGCACCUAAUAAACAAACAAUGUGUAACGUUUAAAUUGGUGAAUUCCAGGUGGCGCUAUAAUGCAUUUCUUUUGUUAUCUGUAGGCCGAGUGAGGCUGGGCGCUUCCCCCUGUUUCCAGUAUUCAUGCUUCGCUAACCGACUGCUGGCUGUAGCUUCAUAUUUGACAUCUAGACACGAGAGUGGUGUCCAUCUCCUGAACUCAAAGAGCAAAAAGCAAAAAGCAAAAAGCAAAAAGCGUUCUAUUCCAGAGCUCUGAACGCGUUUCAUCGGCAUGGCCUUUUGUGUUCAUCAGACGCAGCUGCCGACAGGAGUUAAUCUCAGGGAGAGGUAGUCUGCUCCCUGGAAAUUACAGACUCAAACAACAACACGGUGCCAAAGAAAUGUUUAUUUAUACCCCGAGCUUUCCUUUCCAUCUGCAAAGACCGGGGAUGCUAUCCAGUUCAAUCCACAGUGUCAACUGCUCGUGGGGAAAUAGGUUGGAGAUUUUUCUCUCCGUAAAUGCACCAACUGCAGACGUGCUUGACUCCCACACUGUGGCAGCUGUAGUUAUAUUCAGACUGUGACUCCACCAGUGUGCUCUCCAAAUCCGUCUGCUCGCUCCUUUCAAACCAAACAAUUGAAAAAAACGUGUUUUUUACACUAAGAGGCAGAUUUUGUAACUCCCCCUUUGAGGGCUAAAAUGUCUUCUGCCCGCGUGGUUAAAGACGCAGGGAGGAGCCAGACGAGUGUUUUCAGUGUGACUGCAGGCUUUUUAGUGUGUCGCCCUUGUGGUUGUGUGUAGGAGGGGUAAUUAACUACUGUGGCCCUACAGGAGGGCGAGUGUGGACAAGCAAGCCUUCAAAGGGAGUCUCAUUCAAAAAGCACUUUGUUGUUGAGAAGUUGAAGGAUACAUGUGGAUCGAAUCGGUUCCUCGUGGAUCUCCGCUUGUUAAAUAUUGUACUUUCUUCAUUGAUUAAAGUGCUCUCACCGAGUAUAUCACCUCAAACUCUAAAUAAUAAAAAAGAUAAGUCCCAGAGAUCCCAUUGAACUAAUUUGGCUUGCUAAAGGGACGUUGCCAUGUCGCCAGGUGUUGCUUGGCAGCACUUCAGCAGAUUGCAGGUACAAUUCGUUCUGCAGUAAUUUUACGAGUCUUGCAUGAAACGGUGUAUUAGUGGAAUCAGAAGUAUCACGGAAAUCACGGUGAAGCACCUGGAGAUUUUCCGUGUUGUUUGUCCACCAUGAUUCUACCUUUUAGCCACGACAGCCACAGAUAUUCAUUCAUGAUAAUGACGUUGAUGAACCCUUAAUAUUUGAUCAAUCACAAUCACUAACAUUGUGUUUAACCUAUCAUACUUUUUGUUUAGGAUAAAAUACCUCCAAAACUCAUUCCCAGCCUCAGUUCAGUAAAUUAAUGAAUAUUUGCAUGCUAGCAUGCUCAACACCAACCACAGAUCGAUAGUGCUGCUGGCUGCAGACGGAGGAGACGUGAGUGGAACUCGAAGGUUGAGCUGCAGUCUGCUCAUCGUUUCACCGCAAUCUUUGUCUGAAUACAGUCAGCAGUGCAACAAAGAGUCCCUUCACCGAACAACAUUUGCCCCCAUGAAUUAGGUCACUUAUCUAUUUUGAGGUUAUAGCCUUGAAAAUGACAGCAUUUCAACCCCUCUAAGUCGUCUCCCACAUGACUUACAGUAGCAGAAAACAACACGAGUUUACAGUGUGAGUGUUGUCAUUGUACAGAUGAAGAUAUGUGAGGUUCAUUGAGAACUUUCCUCUGCCGCUCUAUUGCACUUCCAACUUGCAACGCCCAUAUUAAAAUUCAGAGUUUUUAAUCGGCAGUAUCGAAAUGUAGGCUAAACUAUGAGGGAAAGGAAAGAGGUCUCUAACGUCCGCUGCAGUAAGCGAGGAGUCCAGAGGUCCUUGAAGUCCUCAGUGUCUCCCCCAGGCUAAGUGGGUCAUGCAUGUUUUAUCUCUCUAAUAAAACCCACAUGGCCUUUUAACAUUAAGCAGAGCUAACGUCAUGCUAUGUCAAUGUUCCAAGUGUCUCAAAGUGUUCUUUAUUUAAGGUUUAAGAAACAAAAAGAGGAUGCACACUGAUUACCUAAUUUAUAACUAUAUAAUUAACUAUAUAUAUAAUCAGAAUGUCUUCAUUCCAAUCACCAAAAAGAGCUAAAUAGGUGUGAUUCUGCUAAUUCUAUUUAUAAAAUGUAUCUUUCAAAAAAUAAAUAAGGUUCCUCCUGAACUCUGGAGACUUGA